UCACCCAGCUCACGCGAUCUCUCAUUGGUCCACUGCAGCACACACAUUCAUUGCUUUUGUCUGUGGUUGCGAGACGCGGAUGAGAAAGUUGCGGUCGCAGGUGCAUGAAGCGCAUCGCGCAUUUACGCAUUGACAAUAGAAAGGAUUACAUCGCGUCUCUUUCUGUGAGGAUGGGUUUUUAAAACUGCGAGAGAUCUCUGGAAUCAACCGUGAGCAAGAUGCAUAGACACACAGUAAAGGAGGCCUUCCUCCUGCUCUUCAUCAUCAUCAGUCUGAUGUGGCCCAUACAUUCAAAGAUCUCAAACUGCGUCAUCAAACACGAGGAGGAGAGAUGUAUGGAGCGUAUCGCGCUGCAUGACCCUGGAGAGGAUGCCGCGUUUGGCUGUCCUUGGGAAUGGGAUAACCUGACCUGCUGGCAGGCUGCUUCUGUUGGUGAUGUGGUGGAGGUCAACUGUCCCGAACUAUUUGACUUCAUGAGUCCAGGCGAGGGUGUCGGAAAGCUCAGCAGAAAUUGUACUGAGUUCGGCUGGUCUUACCCUUAUCCUUACUUUUUUGAUGCCUGUAUGAUCGAGGAAAACAUAACCAAACCUGAUAUGUAUUACGCGUCAGUGAAGGCUCUCUAUACUGUGGGCUACAGCACUUCUCUGGUGUCUCUGACCACAGCUAUGGUCAUUCUCUGCAGGUUCAGGAAGCUGCACUGCACCAGAAACUUCAUCCACAUGAACUUGUUUGUGUCCUUCAUUCUGAGAGCGAUCUCUGUGUUCAUUAAAGACGGAGUUCUGUAUGCAGAAGAGGACAGUGACCACUGCUUUGUCCAUACUGUGGGCUGUAAGGCAGUGAUGGUCUUCUUUCAUUACUGUGUCAUGUCAAACUACUUCUGGCUGUUCAUCGAGGGUCUGUACCUCUUCACACUGUUGGUGGAAACCUUCUUUCCCGAGAGACGUUACUUCUACUGGUACACAAUCAUCGGCUGGGGAACACCCACUAUUUGUGUGACCAUAUGGGCAGUUUUGCGACUACAUUUUGACGACUCCGGCUGCUGGGACAUGAAUGAUAACACUGCUCUAUGGUGGGUGAUCAAGGGACCAGUAGUGGCAUCUAUCAUGAUUAACUUUGUGCUCUUCAUUGGAAUAAUCAUCAUUCUGGUGCAGAAGCUGCAGUCUCCAGACAUUGGCGGCAAUGAGUCCAGCAUUUACCUCAGCUGUGCACAGAAAUGCUUCAGUGAGCCGAUACAGGCUGCCCAGCAUUCGUGCAGGAUGUCAGAACUUUCUUCCAUCACACUGCGUCUGGCACGUUCCACGCUGCUUCUCAUCCCUCUGUUUGGAAUCCACUACACAGUGUUUGCCUUCUCACCUGAGGACUUCAGUAAGCGGGAGAGACUGGUCUUUGAGCUGGGCCUGGGCUCUUUUCAGGGGUUUGUUGUGGCCGUGCUGUACUGCUUUCUCAAUGGAGAGUUUCUCCCUAAAGGUGCAGUCGGAGAUAAAGAGGAAAUGGAGGAGCUGGACGGUGAACAGGUACUUUGCUGUGGACCUGAAACAGCAGCGUCACCCUUCGCUAGCAAGCAGUGGGGUCAACGGAGGGACGCAGCUGUCCAUUCUAAGCAAAAGCAGCUCGCAGAUCCGCAUGUCCAGCCCGCUGGCCGAGACGGUCAACCUGAACCUGCCCACCUGAUUGCCUGAUUGGCCACUCCCUUUGCCUGUCCGUGCACAAAGCCCCGCCUUUUCACCUGCAGUAGGUCCAGCCAAUUAUAAUUAGAGACGAAAUAAAUGAUAAAUGAAACCUCUGGAUAGCAUUUAAUGACCUAUAUCACUGAAAGGAAGAGGUUGGACAUGUUAUCUAUCACCCGGCACUCUUUUGUUUUAUUUGAGAUUCAUCCAGGAAUAUAUUUAUAGUGCCAAAACCAUUUUAAACUCAUGCGAGCAAAAGUUAGAAUUCGGGUUUGAGAUUCUCGUAAUCUUACGUAAAGAUUCAAAGGCUUUCUAAUUAAUGUUUCCCACAAAAACUAUUUAAGCUUAAAUGAAUGUUAGUUCGACGUUUAAUGGUUCUUUCUUUCAGAAAAGCCUCCCGCAGCUGUCAUAAAUGUCAAACAUGAGGUCGCAGCCAACAUUUAAGUGAACUUUUCAUAUCGCAUUAUGAGCCAUGGUUAAUGUGAACUGUUGUUGUGAAAUCUACGUCCAUAUAUUCCCCUUUUUUUAAAUCCAUUUCUGUCUGUCAGGUGAUAGCACAUUGCUUUAUGACGUGUAAUCGUACGGUUUAUAUCAGUCGGGUUACAUUUCAGUGUUAUGUCAAACAUAAAGUGCCAAACCAAUAGUUUUAUCUGUGUUCAUCAAACGUACAUUGUAUAAAAAAAAAAAAAAGAUUAAGUGCUUACACCUAGGAGAGGUUGUAAAACAUUAUUUUUUUACAAUCAGCCGAAAGUACAGAGUAUGUCAACAUUACAGAGACUUAUGGGAAAUAUGUGAAGCCAAUGGAAACAAAUCAAAUAAUUUGUCAAUUUUGGCAUUUUCCUUACUAAAAAAGAAUUCUUUAUUAAUGGAAUCUUGCUUUACGGAGCCAAGAAGCUAUUCCAGAAUCCCCUCUGAUCUAUUCGAAAGUGCCUGUUGGUCACGAAAAUAGCUUUGAUGGAUCUAUUCUAAACAUCCAGUUCCGCACAGUAUUUUUAGUUGUGAAAUCAUUCAGUUCAAGUUGUUUUCUUUUAAUCUAAUAGUAAAAACAAUCUAUGAUUUAAUUUAUACAGAUGAAUAGUCUAGAACGUAAUUUGUGAGUGUUUGUAAAGCUUUGAGAUGCACAAUUAAAUUAUUUAUCAGGUACAUUAUAAAUGCAUUUUAGGGCUGAUAUGUUUAACUGUGAGAGAAAAGAGGAUUUAGAAUGAAAUACGCGCGUGUCAAAGCAACAGUUCACCCAAAAAUAACACACUUCAGUCAUCAUUUACCAAAUAUGUAUGACUCUCUCAUGUAGAACGCAAAAGAUGCUCGCUGCUCUACACAAUUAAAUUAAAUAAAAGAAGCAUUUAUCUUUACUCAUGACACUCCUCAAAAACAUAUUUUGUGUCCCACACAGUCAUUCCGGUUUAAAUAAAUUAUAAUUUAUUUUUUUGUGUGAACUAGCAGUGGGACAGUUAACCCCCGACCCUUUACACGUACAAUCUUUGAUGUCAAUCUACUAAUCCAACCAAAUUUGCCGCAUUACAACUGACCGACAAUCAUGAUUAGUUGUUACAUCAAAUUUACUUGUCUGAUCAUGAGUUUGCAUCGAUGUGAAGUGAACUUACAUGGCAGUCCAGUAAACAUUUCUCUGCUGUGAUGUUCUAUAUGCCAGUGAUCAUUGGAUGUACCAGCAUUCUCUCUUUACAUCAGCACUUUCAGUCAACAUCAAGUCUGUACUGUAAACCAUGUCAUUCUGUGUAUGAAGUUGCCAAUCUUGAAAUGCAAUAUGUAUAUGCUUUUGUUGCGGCUCAUCGUUGUGAGUAUUUUAUAUGGAGAGGUGAAAUAGGUAGUGAAAUGUAACAGUGGUGGUCUUUUUGAAAUGUCUGUUUUAUGUGGAGACUUUCAGAUUGUGAAGAUGAAGUCAUUUCUGAGUCACCAGCAUUACCAAACUGGAAAUCAACUCGCAACAUUGGUUGAGCUCAGUUUUGCUGUGUGGCCACUCCAGCAAACAGUUGCAACUCAGUUUGGGGCCCCUUUUGUGAUGCGUGUUGUUGUUUUGUGUUAAAGUAGUUUCUUAAAGCUCUGUGCAAAGACAAUUUUAAGGAUUCUUUGGGUUGAUGAGCCCAAAGAUAACAAACGCGGUUACCUCACGGGGCUAUCGAAACAUUGAUCUGUUUGUUUGAUCAGCCAACAUGGGUUGCGAAACUGGCUCGGCCAAUGCCAUGCUUUAUUGUCUUGGCAAAUGGAGUGAUUCACUGUCUUGGCAAAUGGAGUGAUUCACUUUCUUGUCAAAUGGAGUGAUUCACUGUCUUGGCCAAUGGCAUGCAAUAUUGUCUUGGCCAAUGAUGUGCAACACUGUCUUAGCCAAUGGAGUGCAACACUGUCUCGGCCAAUGCUGGGCUUCACUGUCUUGGCCAAUGGAGUGAUCUACUGUCUUAGCCAAUGGGGUUCAACACUGUCUUUGCGAAUGGUGUGCUUCACUCUCUCACCCAAUGGCCUGCAGCACUAUCUCCUUAAAAAAGGCGUGUUUCAAUGUUUCAGCCAAUGGCGUGCUUCACUGACUCAACCAAUGGCGUGCUUCACUGUCACAGCCAAAGGCAUGCUUCACUGUCAUCUGGUGGUGCUAAUGACACAGAAAUUACCCUCUUUAUCUUGUAAUAUUCCAUUGUUUUAAUUUGUUUGAUCAUGUUUGAUUACUUUUUUUAUUAUUAUUAUUAUUAAAGCAUCAUUGUUUUCUUCAUUCACACUGUAAAUAAAAAUUAUAUUGAAUAUGCUUUUAGUAAUAGUGAACCUGUCUGUAAACAAGUCCUAACGCCGUACAUUACCAGUGUCAAAUGUUGCUUGCAUUACGUGAUCUUAGAGCCUUAUGUUUGGAUAUAGUGACAGGGGGGUGGACCUCUCUCUGUGGCUUUUUCUAGAUAUAUCUGCAUGAAAAAGACAAAAAAGACGCAUAUGCUGCUUUCUGUGUUCUUGACACCAGCUGUCAUUCUGAGUAUGAGCACUCAGGAGGGUACGACCAUUACAUUUAAUGUGAAUGUAACACUUGGCCUGUAACAGCUGUACUGUAAAUCCAGCUAUGCUGCUCUUUAAACUUGUCUGCUAUACUUUCUGCUUUGAUGUAGAGAUGAUAUCUUUGUUUGACCUGUCAACAUUUUUGUACAUGUUUGAAUUCCAUUCUUGACAAACAAUCUUGAAUUUGUUAAGUUUUAUUUUUGUAUUUAUGUGUGUUAGAAUAUUGUUUUUCAACCAUGGGGCUGGUGCCCAAUUAGGGGUCGUCUCGAGCGAGAGAGAGCGAGAGAGAGUCUUGUUGGGAAAGGCACAGUAAAAUUCACUUAGGUCUGUAAUAUAAAACUAUUUAUUUUAAAUUUAUUUUGAAAUUACUUUAAAUUCAACAGCAAAAAAAAAAAUUUAUUCUAAAAUUUGAAAACCGAAACUCCAGUUCCUUUUCAUUGCUUCAAAUGCAAAUGUUCAGCAAAUACACUAGAAAACUGGAGUAUGAUGCCAUGAAACCUGAAUUAAUUUCAUGAUGAACACUGAUACCUAUAAUUCACGCUGUGAUACAUGAAGCUUUUAAAUGUGGAAUCAAAUUAAUUAAAUUAAAUUAAAAAAAUAUUAAUUUAAAAUGUUACAUGCAGUUUACGGGAAAUGAGCAUUUGCUGACAUCCAAGAUACUAAAUAUAAUAUUUAUAUUAUUGGCCUGUGGGUGAUUACAUUAACCGCAAAUUGACAUUUUUACGUGAUUUAAACCUUUAAAUCUUACAGACUUCUGAAUGAAGUGGCAUCAGAAGAUUUUGAUUAUUCUACAAUUCAACUCAAGUUUACUUUUAUAGCGCUUUUCACAAUGUGGAAAAACAAAGAAAAGUAAAACACAGCACAGUGCAUGGUAAUUCUACUAAAUUAUAUCUAAUGAAUAAAUAGAUAUAAGCGGUAGAAAAUGGAAUGGAAUGGAAUAAAUAGAUAGACGCAGUCUCCCGGUGAGCAAGCCAACACUGCCUUGCAGUGGCGAGGAACCCAAAUGUAAAAAAACUGACAACUCGACUAUCUCACCCACCCACAGGCACAUGAUGUGUAGUGUAAAUCAGGCAUCUUCCUCAAUCAAAUCUCUAUACUAAUCUGUAAUACUGUUCUAACUAGCAGAUAUCCUGGGUGGGCAUAUACCCCAACCACACAUAUAUAGCCGCAGAACAAUUAAGAGGCCAUUUUAAAAGUAUUUUUUCUGAUAAUAAUGUGUUAUAGUAAAAUUAUCGUUUUUGUUUAUUUCUGUGAACUUCUGACAAUUUGGAGUAAGCAGUUUAAAACAACGGAAAAUAUAUUUUACAUCGCAGGAAAAAUACAAGUUAAUAUUUAGUUUUAAACAACACAAAACAAAUGUGUGUACAUGUAUUAGGAAAAGCAAAAAAUAGAGUUUCAUGAAGUAUAACCCUGAUUUCUAAAAUGAGCUUAUUAUCAUGCUCUCAGUCCUUCAUAUUGCUGUUGUCGCUCUUGAGGUUUGAUUUUGUAGGAAUUCAACAAACACUGCAAUAUGACUCCAAUUCAUGCAGGAUUUAAAUGAUUUAUGAUGUUAUAAAUAUAAAAACGAGCAUUCAUUGCAGAAGAAGGAAUAAUCUAAAUAAACUAAUUGUCGUUGAUUAUUGCCUUUUACAUAAUUGUGUGCGUUUCAUUUCAUUUAUGUUUUACGCAUUAAAAAAGCGCUUAUGUAAACUGGACAUGAAUAGAAUCCUUUAAGGAACGCAGGCUAAGAACAUUCCCCAUCCCUGGACGAUCACUGACUUCUGUUUAAUUUAGCAAAAACUCCCGUUUUAAUUAAUUAAUCUGAUUACACUGCAGAUUGAACUUUACAUCUCAUCUGCUGUUGUUUAUGAGGUCCGUGAUUGCUCAGUGCACCUAAACUAAACUCUUUUGCACAAUGUUUCGCUAUCGCUACCAACUGCAGCAUUAUUUGUUGUGUUUGAGAUGGAGAGAGAUAUCUGAAGCGGGAGCUUCGGAAAAUGGAGCUUUCAGUCAUUCCUGAACAUUCCUGAAAAUCUAUAUGCAAGCAAAUAUUAGCGGUUUGUGACUGUGACCACUUGCGUGACGCGUUUUGUGGAAUCUGCUUCUCCUUCACAAAAUGAGACCGC